ACCGAGCUCAUUACAUCGCAUACCACAGCAAACAUGCCGUCGUCUGCUCCCAAUCAACUCUCCGCGCAGCUCUCGACCUUCGAGGGCAGACAGUCGCCAUUCCGACGGCAAAACAGCCAGUCGCCAGCACCACCUAAUCGUGCGGGCACGCCAGGUAGUUCACUCACGAAGCCACCUGCACACCUCUCGCCCAUAAAGACCGGAUCUUUAUCUCCCGAGAAGACAAAUCCUUUCACACGCCGUCCGAGCCAAAUCAAUCACGCGGCAGACCGGCCAUCAAGUGCUUUUGCACGACCCGCGAGUAGCCUCAGUAUUGCAUCGCCGCUACCCCGAAAGCUCAGCAACAGUAGCCUGCAAAGUGCAUCUUUCGACCCACCACGCUCACCGCGGCCGGGACAGACUUCCAGCCCAGAGCCCGAGCAGAGCCCGCCGAGGCAGGCGAGCGCUGUCACAGCGGAAUCGCGUUCAUCACUUCACAGGGAAGCCUCCCCGUCACGAUACGAUACUACCCACCAAGUCUCAAGCGAUUCGCCUUUGCCACAAUCUCCUGCGCAAAUGUUCAGUCGAGACAACCUGCGGCCCGCGAUGCAGCGCAACAUCACAUCUUCCACCACGACUACCAUCAAGCCUCCUGUAUUUUCUACUCAAAAGAAACUUGCGACGCCGAAACUGAAUGGUUUCGGUGGUGGCGGUGGUAGUGCAUACAACCACUUACCCCAACCGCUUCUGCACAGCAUGCGCGAGUCCUUCGAGGUGCUCGACAGCAACAAUACCGGUGCCAUCAAUUCUGCCGCCGUGGCGGACAUGCUGGCUCAAUUGGGACUGGAUAACAAUGCAUCCGCUCUCAAAGACUUCUUUCCACCGCAUGGACCCGCUCAGCUCAAUCUGGCACGAUAUCUUGACAUUCUGUCAGGGCCUUUGAGUGAGCUCUCGGAACCAGACGAGCUCCGCGCUGCCUUUGAGGCUUUCGACAUUGAUGACAGUGGCCAAAUCGACGUGAAUGUACUUCGCGACGCACUAUUACAUACCGCCCCACAGCCUGGCGAAGACCAGAGUCGGCUCAGCGAGCGAGAAGUCAGCAGCAUUCUUGGUGAAUUCACAGGGCGGAGAGCUUUUGGCACCAAAGGGAUUAAUGCCGGCCAAGCGAAGGGAGAAGUUUUCCGCUACCGCGACUUCAUGGCUAGUGUCAGCGGCGGGGGAGGGGGCACAAUGAGUGAAGCUGAAGCAGCCAUGGCAUCGUAGCGUCGCCCAGCACGUCCUUUUUGAUUUGCCGCACAUGCUGGGCAAGUGUUGGUAAUCAUGGAUGCAUGAACAACGCAACUCUGCCGUGUCAGCGAAACAGAAGCAGAGCGGUUCACAG